CACCUUUUUGCACAUCUUAACAUACAAGUACGGAUCCGUACACUUUUCUAUCCAUUUCUUUUCUACAUAACAUCUCACUACCCAAUAUUUGAUUCCUGACAGCCCUCAUAAAUUCAUAAUAGUCUCCGACGACGCCUUUCCGAGGUAAUAAACGUUGCAUUCAUCCGACAUGCGCCAAUACGAAUGAGCACCUUUUCCUAUCCUCCACACAUCAUCCACACAUCCACACAUCCACACAUCCACACGUCUACAUGCCCACACGCCCACACAUAUUUGACCAUUUGACCAUUAAACUGUUAAAACUCGGAACUAGCAGUUGGGUCUGGUCGGGCUCGCCAGUCCACCACCGCAAUGGGUUCUAAAGAUCCCGAUGUUAAUUCAGCCACUGAUGGUCGCCCUAAAGAUCGGCGGCGUAGCAAAAGCGAGCGAGAGAGGGAUAGGGAAAGGGAUAAGGAACGUGUCAAAGCGGACAGGGACAGCCACCACCACCACCAUAAAUCCCACCGUUCUAAACAUAAAAUUUCUGCUGAUGGUGAUUCGCAUACCUCUUCACACCGCCGACACCGAACCAAGGAGGAAAAGGAAAAAGACCGUGAUAGGAGGACAUCAUCCAUGAACGACCUAGUACCCGAACUUACGAGAACCUCCAUCUCUGGCAGCCGGGUCAGCUUGCCAUACCCUUCCUUCAGCAAGGCCCAUAGUAAGGAAAGUGUGCUCGGCCAUGAAGAUGAGGUCGUCUCUGCUCACCACCACGAACCUCUCACCCCCGACGCCACAGAUCUUGGCUCUGGUAGCCUGAAUAGAUCUAAAUCUACAGAGGGUUCUACGAGUAGGAAGAGCGCGCAGAAGGGUGACCGACCACCCAGUCCUCCCGAAACUGAUGUAUCCGACGAGAAGAAACGACGGAGCAAGUCCUCCGCCUCGAAGCUAAGAGAUGAACACGAAUCGGGGUCGGACAGGCCAAGGUCGAGAACCUCCGGUGUAUCUCGAGCGAGUUCUAAGCGCGAUGACAAGUCAAAGCUGUCCGUCAAGUCUAAAGCCUCAAGCCAGGCUACUACCAUACAAUCCCCCCCAACUUACCCCCCGCCACCGCCGCCGCCGCCGCUUCCCCCACCGCUAGGUUUACACACUGUCAGCGACGGCAAUUCCAACUUGAGCGACAAUAGAACAGUGGGGACCCAAUCUACCGCCGCUCCAAUCGCACCAAAACGGACAGUCUCAUCAAGAACCUCGAGGAUUCCCAGCCCGAUUGAGACCGAAGACUCUCCGGAUUCUGUACAGGACUCGUCGCCGAAAACCCCGACGGCUACGCCGCAAUUCCCGCUGCCGCAAACUUUUUCAGAUGAGAAACCCAACUCGGGUGCGCGGUUUGAAAGACGAGAGCGUCCCACGCCCUCAGUAACCCCCGCCACCGAUUUUGGUCCUCCGCCCCCGCCACCACCUCCCCCUCCAUUGAAUAUACAAGAGGUUCCAAGGAUAGACUAUCUACUUCAGAACGGUGGUCUAAUUAACCCUAUUCCAAGAAAUUUCCUUUCUGUGAUACCGCGUCAAAAUGGCACGCGGCCGUCCAAUCCGCCUCUGGCGGGGCCGGAAACCUUGUUUGCUCCUUUUUUUAACCUUUUAGACCAAUACCAGUCGGUUAUUCGGCGGCAGGGCUCGGUCGCAGUGGCAACCGGUCAUAAAUCAGUCGCCCGUAGACUACUCGACCGACUAGAAGACGUAUUCUCUCGAGAUCUUCCCGCCGAGGGCUGUAGUUGUAUCAUGUGUGAGAGGGCACCAGAAGAGCACCGGGGUUUGGGAUGGGGGGAGGUCUUGGAACGAGUAGGCGGCAGGGUUGAAAUGCCUACGUGGCCCCCCUUUGACCUUGCUUCUCUAAGCUCCAAUGCUAUCGAGAGCGUAGCAGAUAUGCCUCCCAGACCUGCGUCCCCAGUCAAACUAGACCCCGACAUUGCAGAAGAAUUCCGGGAGCACUAUCUGCGACAGUCCAAGAAGGUCAAAUCUGUAGUCGAUCGAUGGAUGAACAACUGCGCCGAAGCGCCUGCGCCAGCACCCUCCGAGAUCGACGACGAAACCCUCACAUUUGCCAUCCUGACAAAUAUCGACCAAGAAGAACGGCCGUACUUCAAUGCACUACUCUCUGGCGCUCGGGAACUUCAACCUGCCGUGAGGGCACCUACCCCAUUACGUAAACCAAGAACAGAUUUCAUGGUCAAGGCAGGUCUUGCUAUCCAGCGUAUCUACCGUCUACCUCAGACUCCCCGCGACGCAGAGACAGCCGUAUUCCUGGUUAAGUAUCCUCUUCACCAUGAUCUUCUUGCAACCAUCACCGAUAUCAAUCCUCAAGAAUGGGAGAUCCUAGUCUCGGGCCGCUUCGACGGGUUUCUCUGGUCCGGAGCCGACGCCGAAGAUUUAAUGACGCCUAUCGCGGACAAUCCACUUUCUCGAGGCACUACGCCUGUGAACGGCUUCUCGUCCCCACCUCCUUCCCGGGGUCCCAGUGUACGCCAUACGCCAGGGUUUGGCGCUUCUCGCAGCACAACGCCCUUCUCUGGUGUGUACUCCCGCGGCGCAACCCCCGCCUCUUUUCUCUCCCUUUCAUCUUCGACCACGCCUGGCCACAGCCGUCAGCCUGUGUCUCACGAUGAAGAGUUCGAGAUGGCUGUAUUGGCGGAAGUAGAGCGAGAGAUAUACCAGGGCAUGGAAGCUCUGGAAGACGCAUUUGAAAAACUUCACCUUCGCGCCGAGAUGGUACGGAACGCCCUCCGUCAGCGGAAUAACGGUCUUUUGAUGAGCCAGCAGCAUCGCCGCGCCGGGAGGAUUGAUGUGUUACCGCAAUUAUCGGGCAACUCGCAAGGCUCGGAGAGACCGCCGUGGGCUGCCGGGGAUGAUGAUGGUGUUGCAAGCGGAAGCGAUUGGGGAGGCGACGAUUUCGAUUUAGCACCCGAAGAUUCAGCGAGCAACAUCUCAAGCUCGAGACACAGGCGUCCAAAGCGAAGAAACGAGAGGAGGACCCCUGCACCUAUCGAAGAAGACGACGAAGAAAGCUAUAGCUGAUCGGUUAACUUCUAGUACUUUAUGCUCACCGAACCAUGGAUUUAUUUUAUCUCUUUACGACCAUCACGACCUCUGAAACUCGUCGAUACCGCUUCAAACUAUUAUUUGGGAUUUCUGUUUUGCAUUACCGUCGAAACAAAUGAGUGG